GCCAAGACGCCGAAGGAUGCAGCUUCCGGUGCCGACUUCUUCGUCUCCAUGGUCGCCAACGCCGCGCAGAACGCAAGCUUGCUCUUCGACGGGGAAGACUGCGUCUCUAAAGGCCUUGGCAAGGGGAAGACGUUCAUCCUCUGCUCAACAACUCCGCCAUCGUUCCUCCACGAGCUCCGGAAACGGUUAGACGAGGAAGCUGGAAGAUCCGACAUCAAGCUCCUGGACUGCCCGGUCUCGGGUGGCACGCUUAGAGCAGCAGACGGCACUUUGUCCAUUUUUUCUUCUGGCCCUGAUAGUGAUUUGGACGCUGCGAAGGAAGUCCUAGAAUGCAUGUCUGGGAACCUGUACCGUAUGGGAGGCAUCAGCAACGGCACGAAGACGAAGACGAUUCACCAGCUGUUGGCUGCAACCAACAUCAUUACGGCCUCCGAAGCGAUGGGUCUGGCUGCGACCGUCGGUCUGAACACGAAAGCGGUCAUGGAGCACGUCCAGAAGUCGGACGGCGAUAGCUUCAUGUUUUCCAACAGGGCACCACAUAUGAUCAAUAACGACUGGCACCCUUAUUCCGCGCUUGGUAUCAUUCUGAAAGAUACUGGCAUUGUCACCGAUACUGCUCGAGCCGAGCAAUUUCCGGCUCCGUUGGCUAACACUGCACACUAUACUUACCUUCAAGGCGUGCAAGCUGGGAUGCUCAAGGACGAUGACGCCAAACUUGUCCAGCUCUACCUACCGGACAGCCAAGGUGAUCUCGUUUCGAAGAUGGCCGAGGCAGACGUGAAGAUGGCGUCUUCUCAUCAAGUCAGCAAAGACACCGUUGCUGACCUGCUUUGUGGCAUUCACUUGGCUGCAUCUGUUGAGGGCAUGGCCUUCUGCCAGCACCUAAAGGGCAUUGACAGCAAGCUCAUGUGCGAGAUCAUUUCGAAAGCCGCUGGCUGGAAUGCUAUGUUCACAAAAUGCAUCCCCGGUAUGCUGGAGAAAGACUCCUGGACGCUAGCGGACUGCCCCGAGGCUGAGGACGUUGGCCGAAAGCUGUCGGAUGCUGUGAACAAGUGCAGGCAGAUUGGCUACCCUUGUCCCAUGGCCGCAGCGGCACUGCAACAAUUUCACUUUGCAAGCCUCAGAGACAAGAAGCUUACAAGUUUAAGUAGGCAUGAUCGGUAGCUCUGUGAAAUCCACAAGCUUCGCUAUUGCGGCAUACUGAUUGCAGGACUUGACGGCGGCGAGGAAUUUGUUCGAACACUCUCAGCCAAACGUGCAGCGGCCGAUGGUAGACGGGGAACCACAACAGAUACCAGAGCGGCAGGUGCGGCCUCAAUCAUCGGAGCCACGUCUUCCCAUGAAAAGGGAUUGCUGUCACUUCGUACGCUACUCUCCCCAUAUGUGUAGUUUCGCCUCAUGCCCGCAUUUAGAAAAGCGCCUUAGCCAGA